GAAGGGCUCAGUCGGCGUCGCGCCGUGCCGGGAGCGCGGGGGGGGGCGCGUCGGACGCCGCCGCACGGGGCCCCUCAGGACUCUGACAGAUCCAGGUAAAGUUCUUUAUAUUUGAAGAUGCCACGCUAUGGGGAAAUCGUUGUCAUUAAAAGGAAUGGGACUGAUGGAAUUGUUUUUCCACUCACCUCAACUUCUUGUUUAUUUGGAAGGAAAACAGAAUGUGACAUCCGCAUGCGGCUGCCGUGGGUGUCCAAUGAGCACUGCAAAAUUGAGAUAAAUGAGAACAAGGAGGCAGUCCUGACUAAUUUAAGCACAGUAAACCCCACGCAGCUGAAUGGGGCUUGCGUUGAGCAGCCUGUUCUCCUGAAGCACGGAGAUGUGUUAACCAUUAUUGAUCGUUCUUUCAGGUUUGAAUAUCCUCUGCAAUCAACUCUGAAAAAGAGGCGUUCCAGGUCUCCAAAAGAUGAAACUCUGCAGGUUCUUCAUGUUCAGCAGGUGGCAGGAGUGGAAUUAUUACACAAACAAACUUCAGGAGCUAAAAGUCUUGAUGCUUCAGAUAAUGCUGAGUGUGAAGAGAAAAAUGCCAAUGAAAAUAAACGAACUCCAGAGGAAAAUCUUCCUGAAGCUUUCCCUGUCAAACUCCGAACACCCAAAUCUUCACGGAGAAUACAUCAUGUUCUUAAAAAGCAAAAUGAAGUGUCCCCCUUUAGUAAACUCUAUGAAAACCUGAAGAAUGAGCUGAAAGUGGAAAAACCUCUGCACAGGGCAAGUGCCUCUCAACAAGCUGCAAAAGGAGACCCUGGGAGUGUUCUGCCAGAACCAAAUGCUCCCAUUUCAUCCCUGAGUCAUCUUUCUGAUCUGGGCGGCCUGACUAAAGGAAAGGAAACAGGCAGAAGGGAAGAUAUUGAAGAAUGUACAAUUGUAAGAAGAGAAGAAGGAAACAGCUCAGGAUUUAAUAAGGAGCUGUCAGCUGUAGGAAGAACUCCCAGAAAGAGUUUUACCAGGAGUCCUCGAACUCCCAUUUCAAAGGUGGUGCCAGGAGAUACCAGUCAGAGUCCUUUGCAGGAUCCUAAGGAAUUAGGGACACCAGGCAGAUGCAAACAUUCUGCUGUUACACCCAAACCCAGCAAGGAGAACCACAGGAAUUCCCUGGUUUCACUGCAGCAGUGCUCCAUAGAAAGGUUGGAUUGUCCAGCUAAAGGGACAAUAUGCAGCCCCACACCGCCCACCCCCAGCGCUGCUGAAGGAGGUAAAUGUGUGCUGUCCACACCAACACCCAGGAGGAAGAGUCCUCGGUCUCUGUUUGUGUCACCUCCCAAAGAAGCCAGUGGAAUGAAUCCUGGAAAUUCUGAGACUCCAAGAACCCCACGGCGUGGGUCCUUGAAAUUGAAGUCUCUUCCAGAAAUCCCAGCUGGAGCUCCAGGGGAAGAUUCAGUGUGCAGAAUUGAUAGCACACAACUGCCUUUGCCAGAAGACAAAUGCUUAAAGCAAAGACGAAACAGCAAACAACAAACACCAGGAAAACCUGUCCAAGAAGUGCUGAAAGAGAUCUGGGAUCAGGCAAACCUGGAUAACUCUGCCUCUCUCUCUCAUUCCAAGAGUCCCAGAAGAAACAGCAGGCAAAGUAAAAAUUUCUUGGACAAAAGUGUCCAUUCAGAGGCACCAGCUUCAGAAGGGAUAAUGGCAUCUCCUGCUGCUCAGACACCUGGCUCUGGAAGGAAAAGGGGAAGGCCAAGGACCUCUGGAGUGCUGACUGAAACAGCACUGGAGACACACGCUGGUCAGGAACAUCACGAUUCAAGCAGAAAAGCCAGUGGAGCUCCAGCAGAGCUGGGCGUGGAGGGGUAUCACCAAAACCAGGAUUUGGAAGAUGCCAGUGCUGCAACACCUCGGAGACCAUCAGCCAAGAGAAGGUCUAGAAGUGCUGCUGAGCUCAAAGUCACUGAGCCUGGCUCAGAAACUAAAACUCCUGGCCUCUUGAAUGGAGAAGAUUCAGGCAAGACAAAAAGAAUCCCUCAGAAGAGGAGGAGUGGUGAGAUGCUCCCUCAAACUUCGGGAAAAAGAAAAAGAGUGUCUUUUGGUGGUCAUCUGAGUCCAGAACUCUUUGAUAAAAGUUUGCCUCCCAACUCUCCCUUGAAAAGAGGAGCUCUCCCUGCCAGGCAGAGUUUACCCUACGGAAACUCUCCUCGGGCUGUGCUCAAAAAGGCUCAGCGGUUGAAGCACGUGGUAGAUCAGGAAGAAAAAAGGUCACCCAAAAAUUCCCCAGCCCAGCAGUCUCCAGGUGCCUCAUUCCCUCCCUCAGGGAAGGCAACACCCAAAGUUCCUUCAGGCUCUCCAGCCCCUUUCAGGAAAGGGCGUUUCUCCAUCUCCCAGCCCCCCACACCAUUCCCAAUUGCAGAGGAGAAGGAUGCUGGUGCUGAAGAUGUGGAUCCAAAGGAGAGAAGUGGUGUCCAAGGGAAAACACCGAAAUCUUGUCCUGCUGCCCAGGAUGCCAAAGCCUUUGCGACAGUGACACCCACCAAGUCAACCAGAAGUGCCCAGCUGGGUUUGAAGGGCACUGCCAUGAAGAGCAGAGGUGGAGCUGUGGCUGUUAUCACUGCGAAGAGGAGAAGUGGUGCCUCCAGUGCCAAUUUAUUAGUUGCAAAAUCUUGGGCCGAAGUGGUAAAAUUGGGAGUUGCAAGACCACAGUCAAAGAUUGCUAAAAAAAGUGUCCGUAAAGGAAGACCCCUGAAGAGGAUAAACCACCCACCAAAGACUCCAGAGAAGAAAAUAAAAGAUCACUUCAGCACGGGUCAUGCAGAGUCACCUGCUACUAUAGUUGUAGGUAGAGCUUAUUCCACCACAAUCAGAUCUGCUGGACACAUCCCUAAAGUGGUAAAAAAUCCCAUGCUGAAGCUCAACAUGGAUAUGGAUGAAAGCUUCACAGGAGUGCCUGAAAUGUUUCAAACUCCGAAAAAUCAGGAUGGAAGAACAUUAUCUUUGGCUGCUGCUCAGAAUGCUGAGUUCACACCACUGUGUGCUGCAGGGGACAUUUCUGACUUGCACACUCCUGAGGAAUCUGGAGAGAUGAUGGUGUCACCAUUAAAUAAUUCAGAUGCUUCAGAACAGAAGCAAGAGAGUUCAGGCAUAUUCCACUUUCUGAGAGAGGAGUCAUCUCCAUCCGUGUUUGAUGAAAUAGCCACAAAAACUCCUGAAAAAAGAAAAGCUAUGCAUGAAGAUGAUGUGGAUAGUUUGGCAGUAAUUCCAGAAAAACCACCAUCUCUGGUGAAAUCAGGAAGUAAAAGGAGGACUCCAAAGCAGGAGUUGGAGCCAGUUGAGGUCAUGUCAGGCAAAAGGAAGAUUUUAAGGACCCCCGUGCAAAGGUCAGAACCGGGAGAGGUUUUGUCAGGUAUCAAGAGGCUCAUGAAGACCCCAAAGCAGAAGACGAAGCCUGUAGAGGCUUUGUCAGGUAUCAAGAGGCUCAUGAAGACCCCAAAGCAGAAGACAAAGCCUGUAGAGGCUUUGUCAGGUAUCAAGAGGCUCAUGAAGACCCCAAAGCAGAAGACAAAGCCUGUAGAGGCUUUGUCGGGUAUCAAGAGGCUCAUGAAGACCCCAAAGCAGAAGACAAAGCCUGUAGAGGCUUUGUCAGGCAUCAGACAGCUCUUGAAGACCCCAGAUCAGAAAUUGGAGCCUGUAGAGGCUUUGUCAGGCAUCAGACAGCUCUUGAAGACCCCAGAUCAGAAAUUGGAGCCUGUAGAGGCUUUGUCAGGCAUCAGACAGCUCUUGAAGACCCCAGAUCAGAAAUUGGAGCCUGUAGAGGCUUUGUCAGGCAUCAGGCAUCUCAUGAGGACCCCACAGCAAGAGUUGGAACCAGCCUCAGAUGAAAUUGCCUUGCAGAGGUUGCUGGAGACUCCAGCAGAGAGCAGGGAAGCCAUAAAAGGUGUGCCAGGUGUGACUUCAACCAAGAGGGCCCGAAAGCUGAAAUCCCAGCCCGUGGAGGACAUGGUUGGGAUCAGCCGCAUUUUCCAGACGCCAAAGGAGAAAACUGAGCCCAUAGAAAACAUGUUUGGAAUUAGCAGAUUAAUGAAGUCUCCUAAAGAGAAAUAUCAACCAGUUGAGGAUUUUGUGGGGCUGCAAAGGCUCAUGGCAGAACCCAGGCAGAAAUCUGCUGAUUCUGAAGUGGACUAUGCUGGAGUGACAGAAAUGUUUGGUACCCCAGAGGAAAUGAAGGUCAGACCAGUAAAUGCUAUGGAUUCUCAGGAAGAAAUUACACUUCCUGGUUCUAAUUCCGGUCAUAAACAUGAAAAGAAAGGAAAAGUUUCCCAAGGUGAAGGUUUUCAACAGAAGGACUCAACUGGUGAAGAGCAGCCUGCCCAGAGACCAAGAAGGGGCAGACCAAGGAAGGCUCUGCCUCCUGCUACAGAAAAGCUGUGUGAAAAUGGUGUGAAUUUAAAGGAAUUAUGGAGUCCUGAUACGCAGGAGGAGAUGAGAGUGAUCACACCUGAAAAUAAGGGAAGAGGAAGGAAGACAAAACAUUGCAUACAAGAAGUUGUUCCAAAGCACCCUGAUUGGGAAGGGCUUGACAUUGUUGCAUCUGUAGAACCACCUGGAGCUGCUCAGAGACCGGGUAGAGGUAAAAGGAAAGAGGUGAAGGAGUCAAAACAUCUGAACAAAAAUCUUGAGUCUUGUGUUGAAGAUUCUUCAGUGCUACAAAAAGCAGCUGCAGAUACCAAACAGGAUCUGCAGGACUGUGGCAUCUGUGAUGUGUCAGAAACUGAAGGUGAUCCAGGCACAAAGACAGACCCUGGAAACAUUCAGAAUGAAAUUUGUCAGCUGCAAACAGGUUCCAAUGAACCUGAUAGCAAAGCUAAUGACAGUGGGAUAGAGGACAGUGAAGAAGUGCUCCUGUCACCGAGGAGGAAGCGCAGAGGAGCGGAGAACACAGAACCAGUGAUUCCACCCAAAAGAGGGAGGCAACCACCUAAAAAAGGGAGGCAACCAAGGAAUGACCAAGGUAAAGCAGCUUCUCCAGCAGAACUUCAUGGAGCAACCAGAAAGCUUCGUAAAGACCCAUCCCCAAAAGUUACACAAAGACAGGAACAGACUUGUGACAAAGCUCCUGAGGCUGUCACAGCACAAAAAUCUGAAAAUGGCACUAAACUUGAACUAAAGGCAACAGAGAGAAGAGUUAAAUCUUUUAGAAGUACUAGAAACAGAAAGCACUCAGCUGAAAUGAAAGCAGAUGCUCGUGGGGUCACGCUUGAAAAUACACCUCAGAAAACUGAGGAAACAUCAGCUGAAACUGAUGCUGAAACACAAUCCCACGUGAAAAAUGAGAUGAAAGGCUCUCAGGGAUGUGAAACAGAAAAUGCUCAGGAAAAUACAACAGAGGCAGCUCAAAGAUUAAAGGCAGAGUCACCUUCUGCAGAGACAAACAAAAUGCCAGUCAAUGCUCAGAACUUGGAAACAAACAGGGCUAGAAACAGAAGAGGCAAAAAAGACUCUUUGGAGCAAAAAGCUGAUGAACUUACUGAAAAUGUGAACAGCCUAAAACCAAUUCCUCCCAAAUUUAACUCAGAAGCAGAAGUGGAUGAAUCUUCUCUCCAGAAUUCCUUGGGCUCUGUUUGUGUCAAUGCAGGCCAAGCCAGGAAGGACCAGCCCAGCCCAGGUGCCACAGCAGUCCCUGCUGCAGGCAGUGCCAGUCCUGCUCAAAGGAGGACGAGAAAUGAACGGGGAAUAAUUAAAGCAAAGCAAACUGAAAUCGUGCAGGAGAAUCCAGCACAAAGAAAUGCAGUGAUGUGUCGAAGAGGAAGAGGUAAAAAAGUUAAUUUUCAGCUUGAAGAAAGCAGUUCCAAAGUGGUUGAAGGAAAAAGUUUACCUGAGGAAGAUGAAGGGAUGACUGACAAAGGUAAUCAACAUGAGAAUUCUGAAAAUCCUCCUUCACAGGUAAGGAGGGGCAGGAGAAAGCAACUUGAUUCCAUGCCACAGAUAGCUAGUCCUGCCUUUGUGGAAAAACAAACAUUAAGUGCAGACCAUAGCAAAGAUGAGGCUGUACAAGAGCAGGAAUCGGCUUUGGAAGCUGCUCCCUCUUCAACAGAAGACAAUCCACCGCAAUGGGGGAGGAGACGCGAGGUGGCUGCAGCGUCACAGACCAGAUCUCCUUCUGUCAGAACGAGGCGUGGGGUGCUGCAAGGGGAUGGUAAAAAGAUGGCAGAGAGAGAAGAUGAAAAUCCAGCUCUGGGGAAUAAAACUGUGCAGGCAAAAGUGAAUACAUCAGCAAGGGACAGGAGGAAAAAGAUGGAUCCAGCAGCAGAGGCAAAAAGUUCAGCUCCUCUCCAGAGAAAACGUGGCUUGUUGGAGACUAAAGAUGAGGGUACUCAUGAAGAACAAAGUGUGCCUUUGGAAGCAGUGUCCUGUGCAAAGGAGAAGCCACCAGGAAGGGGCAGAAGGAAAGAAACUGCUCUGGCAUCACGCACAGCCAGUUCCAUCUCUCUUCGAGGGAAACGUGGUUUGCCGGCAGGUGAUGAAGAAGCUCCCAAAGAAGAGCAAAAUGUUCCCUUAGAAACUUGUGAUCCACCUGGAAAAGAAAAUCAACUGAGAAGAGGCAGAAGGAAAGAAAUUGCCCCCUCUGUUCAGGGAAAACAGGGCCUGUCAAAACAAAGUGGUAGGAAAAAUAACAGUAGGGAAGCAAAACGGAGUUUGGACAAUUCUCUUUCCCAAGAAAACAGGGAUCUUUCAGAAGGGGGCUCAAGGCAAGCAACCACUUCACUGGCUCUUAGCCCCACCUCAUGUCAAGGUUUGCCAGAAGAUGGUAAGGAUGGAAUUCCUGAAGAACAAAGUAAACUUGUGGAAGUAGCUCCACCUGCAAAAGAAAAUCCAUCCAGAGUGGGCAGGAAGAAAACAACUUCUUCUACUUGUGAAGAAACAACUUCCACUUCUCUCAGGGGAAAACCCAACCUGCCCAGAGGCAGAGGUCAGAAGAGGAUUCUUAAAGAAAGUGAAGAUGCAUCUCCACAGAAUAAUCCAUGCCAGGGAAGAACAAGGCAACUGAGGAAUAAUAGGAGGAAGGUGGAAUUCACCUUAGAGGCAGCUACUUCUACUUCUCUCCGUAAAAGCAGUGACUUGCCAGAAAAUGGAAGCACUCUGGAAACUCAGGAUUUGAGUGGGACAUCCACUGGCUCUGAAGAGAAUCAGUCUGAAAAAGGCCAGGAGGGUGAGCCUGCUCCACAGGCAGCCCCCCCUUCUCGCAGAAGGAAAUGCCAGCUGCCAGCAGAGGAUGUGGCACCCAAGAGAUUAAAAUCAGGGAGUGAUGAAAAUGGAUCCCUACAAAAAGGAAGAAGAAACAAAACUAAAGAACUUGGAGAAGAGGAUGCAAGGGCAGCUCAGAGCACUGGAGGGAUGGACAGGAAGACAAGGUCCAGCAGAAGAACACAGAAAUAGGAGUCCCAGAACCAGUUUUUAAAUCAAUUCAGUAAUUCCAAUUACAGGGGGUUUUUUUAAUGUGAAUUGAUUUGCACUCAGAUUUUAAGCUCAGAUUUUUGAUAAUUCUAUGGUUGCUUUACAAAGUAUAUUUCUUAAUGUGUUUACAGAUAGAAGGUAGAUAUUUUUUUAGUAGCUUUGCCAAUGUGUGGUGGUUCCUAAACCAUGGGGUGCUUGUGCAAAGCUGCAAACAGGAAAUACAUUUUGUUAUGCCAGUAUUUCUCUCCCUUUUCCUGUUGAUCAAUUCAGCAAUCAGGAAGCCAUAUUACUGCCAGCUGAAGCUAUUUUCUACUGAAAUUUUCCUCUGCUUAAGUUUUAUUUUUCAUUGGAGUUCUGUAAAUAUUCUUUUUAAAAAAUUGCAGUUGUAUUAGCAGAACUAUGAUGCUGAAUUUUUGAUAAGUUUUUUUUUAAAAAAAAAAUCAAAGCUUGUAUUGAAAAAUGCGAUUUCUAAGUCAUUAAACUUGUAAACAAUUGGG